GCAGAGCGUCACCUGAGCCUCCCCCCCUUCAGAUCCAUCCCACCCUCUCGGAAAAGAAAAACACAAAAAAAAACACCGCGACGACUAUGCCCUCUACAGCGUCCGCCGCGCCCGAAUUCGUCUGCCCCACCCCCACGUCCACCCCACUUCAGCCAAACUCGGCCAUGACGAAGCCCGGCAGUAGUCCCCCCAAUUCGCAGCACUCCCCGGACAGCGGGAUUCACUCAUUGUCCGGCGCCUUCGAGGAUGCCCAGCAGGAUGAGCUCGCCCGAUCGGCCACCACGAGUGCCGUGGCCGCGGCCGCCGCCCCCAAAUGGUGGUACAGCACGGUGUCCGGCCUGGCCGGCGGCGUUUGCUGCGUCUACGCCGGGCAGCCCUUCGAUACCAUCAAAGUUCGCAUGCAAACCGCCCCGGCGGCCACCUACCGCAACCCCAUCGACUGCCUGGUGAAGACCGUGCGCAAUGAAAGCAUGUGUGCCGUCUACAAGGGCAGCUCCGCCGCCCUCAUGAGUAUCGUCACCGAGAAUAUGGUUCUCUUCACAGCCAACGCCGCCAUCAAGAGGGCCAUGGUGUCCAACGGCUUUGUCCGCGAGGACGAGGAGCUCUCCCUCGCGCAGUGCGCCAUUGCUGGCGGCUUCGCCGGUGUCUUCUCCUCGACCGCCAUCUGCCCAGCCGAGGUGCUCAAGGUUCGCCUUCAGACCAGUGUCGCUGCCAAGGGGCUUUCCCCGCUGGCCGUCGCUCGGGAUGUUUUCCGCACCUCGGGCCCGGCCGGCUUCUUCCGCGGCCUGCCCAGUCUUUGGAUGCGUGACAUCCCCUUCAACUUCCUGUUCCUGGGCAGUUACGAGGCCAUUUGCGCCGGUAUCUCCUACGCCGGCGGCAAGACCAAGGACGACAUGAACCCGGCGGAGCUCUUUGUGUCCGGUGGCCUGGCCGGCAUGGUGGCCUGGUCUUGCGUCUUCCCGGUGGACGUAAUCAAGUCCCGGUCGCAGUCCUCCUCCGGCAAGAUGCCCCUCUUCCGCACCAUCGCCACCCUCUAUCAGCAGGAGGGCAUCCGGACCUUCUACCGGGGCUGCUCGGCGGCCGUCCUCCGUGCCUUCCCCGCCAACGCCGCCCUUCUGGCCGGCUUCGAACUCAGCUAUCGCCUCCUGAACCGCUUUGACGAAGUGGACUAGAGUCGCGUGGGCAAAACACCGACACGAUCGCCCAUGGCUUUCUCUCCCUCUCCCCCAUUUAUCUCCUCUUUCUCCCUUCCUCUUUCUCGAUGCCGGACAGGGGUGGACUUGUCCUUGUGUGCCCCGCUCCUCUUCUCUUGGCGGCGGGGCUCCGGCGUGUACGCACACACGCACAUGAGCAUGCGCCGGCUGGGGGAUCCUCCUCCGCAUUUUGUCCUUGUUGUGUCGACACGCGUCCCUCUCGCCCCCCUCCCCCCCCCCCCUCC